AUGGCAAGCAAUCCCAGCAUCUCCUUGUCCCCGCCCCAGGCCACCCUCUCCCCGCCCGCAACUGGUCGAUCGAGACCGAAUUCGCAGGUGAUCAGCCCGACUCAGUUGAGCACUGGUCGGCUCGCAGGCAACAGAUCCCCCAAUUCUAUGCCCUCGAGUCCCACUAGCGUCCAUUCCUCUUCUAGUGCCAUUUUUGAAAGGGACAUUGAGCAGCCCAGCUUUGUAGCACAUACGAUCAAGGAUCCGCAUCAUAUCUCUCGUGCCAUGACCCACGAGUUGGAUGCGGCAGUGCCAAGUGUGUUGAGUGCUGCCAUUAGCGCCCUCAAUGUUGGAUCAGAAGACGACGUGAGCGUGAUCGCUCCCGCGCAGCUCAGUAAGCCUCGACUCGGUCACAGUCGCUCGCCCUCUCCUACCGCUCGCCCUCCGUUUGUCGAGCGCCAGUCGACUGGCCCAUCGCCUCCCGCGACAGACACAUCCCCCGCCCUCUCCCCGCACCAAACAGGCGCAUCCCCCACUUCCCCUUUGUCCCCGGUCACUCCGCCUCUUCCUAUUCCGCGCCCGCGGAAAUCCAAUCCGCAGUUGAACACCGACAUCAAUCGACUCUCGUUCAUGUCCUAUCAUGAUUUGUUAGCUUCGACCCCGGUUGCUACGGUUCCGUUGUCGAGUAUUGUGAGCGGUGGCGGAGAGCCGGGUCAUUUGCCUGGCGUGAUUGGCUUGCAUGGUCAUAGAACCUCUGGUAUCUUUGGAGACGAUGUGAGCGAGACUCAAUCGGGCGGAGAAUUCGAUCGGGAAGGACUUGGAAGAGGACUGGAGGAGAGAUUGGAAGGUGUCCUAAGAGAAGGCCAGGCAAGGGCCUAA